UAGUCUGUCAUUGGCUGUUACCUAGGUAGUAGAUCAGUACCCACACCGAUUGGUUAUUUUGGUGCCGUAAAGUGUGUCGACGUAGUGGCUGCUGUAUUAUCAGUAGCUAACAGUAAACAGCUAAUAUUUGUAAAAAGGAUUAUCCUAAACUGAGACAUUUCUGUUUGUUUUUGGUGGUAUAUUAACAGUUAAUUGACAUGGCUGAAAAAUUUGAUAACUUGGAGGAGCAUCUGGAGAAAUUUAUCGAGAAUAUUCGACAGCUGGGAAUCAUAGUCAGCGACUUCCAGCCUAGCAGCCAGGCAGGACUCAACCAAAAACUAAAUUUUAUGAUAUCUGGUCUGCAAGACAUCGAGAAGUGCCGUCAACAGCUUCAUGAGAUCAACGUACCGCUGGAGGUCUUUGAGUACAUUGACCAAGGUCGUAACCCCCAGCUGUACACUAAGGAAUGUCUGGAGAGAGCCUUGGCGAGGAACGAACAGGUCAAAGGGAAGAUUGACACCAUGAUGAAAUUCAAAAGCCUUUUAAUCUCUGAGCUCAGCAAAGUUUUUCCAGAGGAGAUGGCUAAGUACAAGGCUAUACAUGGAGAAGAUGCCCCCUCCUAGUGACUCCAACACCAUGACCCCUGACCCUCAAACUGUGACCCUUGAAGUGAAGGCCUGAAAGGAGUUACCCAGUUAUUAGUUUUCAUAAAUAUUGUGAUGCUGUUGCUGACCACUAUCCUGAGGCUGAAGACUUUCGCAGCCAAUCUCUUGCUUCUUGUAAAGUAAAAUGUCAUUUAAAGGGAUACAAAGCGACAGCAAUCAUAUAGGGUUUAAAGGAGAAAUGGUUUUCUGCACUGGGUUGUUUUGCUGCCAUGGGACACAUUUGUUUUUAAGGUCCCUGCUGAUGCAUGGACACUGAAUUGCAGCAUAGUAUUUCUACAAGUACCAACUGUACAGACAGUCUACUCUGCAUGAAAGAAUUUUCUCCAUUAACUGUACAUGCAGUCAGUUCUACUCUUAUGCUUUACCUUUUGUAACACUUCCUAAUCAUUGUGCAACGUACAUUUGUACCGCAGUUCAUAUUUUAUACCAAGCUCAGGGUUCUAAUGGCCAUAACUGGAUGCAAAUGUCAUUCAGUAAUUCUGUGCCUGAUCACUUGACAUGUUGAUAAAUGAGUCAGUUCUUUAGUUGUAAUUUCUUUGUAUUAUAAGUUUUGUUAAUAAAUGAUCCUUUUUGGACUGA